ACCAAGUAAGAAAUCCAACAUCAAGAAAAUGAAGCUCUCCAUUGCAACUUUGUUCCUUUCUCUCAUUCUUCUGAGUUCCUUGGUUUUAGAACCUGCAAUGGCACAGCCUCGAUCGCCAUUUUGCGAUGGAAAAUGCAAGGGUCGGUGCAACAAAGCGGCGGUGUGGGAUCGGUGCUUCAAAUACUGCGGGAUAUGUUGCGAGGAAUGCAAGUGUGUGCCGUCGGGAACUUAUGGGAACAAACACGAGUGCCCUUGUUACAGGGACAAGGUGAACAAGAAGGGUACGCCUAAAUGCCCUUGAAAAUAAUAAAAAUUUGAAUUCGAGUUCUGGUUUUACCUAGGGAGCUUAAUGGAAGUUUGUAAUAGUUUCUAUUGGGAGACAAAACAUGUUGAUGUUAUUAUAAUAAUA